CCGCCUCACCUGUCAUCGACAGCAGUCACCGCCUGCAGGACUGCGCCCCCGCACCCCGUCUCCUCUGCCAGGACCCGCAGCCAUGCGCAGAGCCCUGGACGUGAUGGGCAGCCGACCCCGCAGCCCCACCGCCUACCCUGCGCCCUGGUGGGCACCGCAGCCCACAGGACCCAGCCCAGCCAAACGCCCCCGAUUGCAGGAACCCGAGGGCCCCGAGCCCUGGGCGGCGCCCAGCCUGGAAGACACGGAGGGAGCCCCGGCCGCUGACGCGCUCACCUCGGUGCUGGUCCUGGCCACAGGCUCUGCCCUGCAGCUGACCCUGGACGACGUCGACCUGCUGCUGGAGCCCUCGCCGUCGUCCGUCCUGGAAGUGUCCCUCGACGGGCACACCCUCCUCCUGGUUCCCGAGGUCCUCCUGGGUCCUGUCGACCAACGCUCAGAAGAACACAGCGACCCGCCUGUCCACCUGGACCCGGCCGCUUUCCUGGACGCUCCCGCUGAGGACGUCGUUGUCGUC